AUGGUACCGAGUACACGGCCAAAACUCUUCAAUCUCAACAGGUUGGUCUUUUUUUUCUUUUUUCGGUCUUGGGACGAUGAGAAUAGAGAAAAAAACAACAGGAAGCUAGGGUUUUUUUAAAUGUGACAAGCUAAAGUUCAAAACAAAAAACAAUUAUUUUCUAGAAGUCCCCAAAUCGUGGGGAAGUUCAUUUACGAGGUUUACAAAGCCUGCAAAUCCGCGGAACAUCGGAAUCUCGUCAAGGAAAAAUCGGGCCAACUCGAAGAUUGGAACUAUUACGGAAGUGAGAUUUAUCUCGAAAUUCAAAUUUUGAAAAAUACUAAAAACUUGUUGGGAAAGCAAAUUAUAGUUAUAUAGUAUUAUAUCCAUUCAACAUUUUUUUAAUUCUGGAAAAAGGUGCUUCUUUUGUUUUUUUGAAUUUUAAUUUGAAAUAUCUAAAUUUUUUUGUAUAUUCUGUGUGCCACGGCUUGAAAUUUCACGGAACGACAUAAUAAGCUUUUUUUAAAAAUUGCAAUUUCAAAAAGGUUUUUUUCUGUUAAUUCCUAGAGCGUAUAACUGUUUUCUUUGAAAUACUUUUCUGUAGAAAAAAAUCACUUUCUAACUUUUUAAGUCUUUGAAUGAUCAGAUUGAAACGAUAUCACAGUGUGAAAAAUUUUUUUUCGAAAAAAAGUAUUGAAGAGUAUAAACUUUUUUUCUAAAAAUAUUUUGAUACUCGAAUUUUGCAUUUAUCGAAGUUCACUGUUUCUAAUUUUUUUAUUUGGUUUCUGAAAUCCACAGCUUGAAUUAAUAUAUGGAAGUGGGCAAUUAUAAACAAAAGUGACUUUAGUGGACCGAUAUGUGCGUCGAAGGACUCCUUAUCUGAAGUUUCGGGUCUGUGAUCCAGUCGAAACUGUAAGUUUUUCCAAUUUAUAUCUCAUUUGCCACAAUUUGGAAUAUUCGUACGUGUUACCUGCCAUUACACCGACGCAAUGAUGUUUAACUUGUUAAAAUAUAGCUGAUUCACGGCUAGCUUGAGACGCGAAGGGGCGUGUCGUGUCUGCGCUCUCCACGAGUCAAGCGCUAUCUUGUGCAUUAUUGUGUCAGGACCCUUUUUUCAAUGGCUCAAGCCAGUCGUGAAUCAGCUAUAUGUGGGACCUCGCGACUUGGAACUGUCUUUUUCUUCUCUGCGCCCUCCUCGUCUCUCUGCUACCCUCCCCUGUUGACGCGCUAUUUUCAUGUUCUUCUGACUCGCCGGCGAGGGAACAGAGAGACGCAGAUAAAUGAAAACUUUCAAAGCGCGAAAAACGGAUUACAAUAAACACCUUUUUUUGAUCAAUCGUGAUUUUUAAUUGGAUCAAAUUUAAUAUUAGUUUUUGCGGAAAAAAUAUUAUGAACAAAAAGAUCGGGGAUUUUUUUCAAAGGAGACUUUUUCCGAUUUUUUUUCAUAUCACGAACAUUUUUUUCUACUUUUUUUCCUUGACUUUAAUUUUUUUUAAUUUUUUUAAUAUUAAUCGUACAGUGGAUCGUGAAAAAAAUAACAUAGAAAUAGGAAAUCAAUGAAAAAAACAGAAAAAGAUUUCGUCUGAGAAUUUCCCAGCGAAAUAAAAAAACCCCCCAAAAUUAUUCAUAUUAUCGAAAAAAAUGGAAGAGAGCGCAGGGAAAUCAAACUUUUUCGAAAUUUUUGGCGAAUGGAUAUUAUCUAAAAAUAGUUGAUUUGUUUAGAUAAACGAGGACUUUGGUCUGAUCAUUGGAUGGGAUCUCGAGCCUCGGAUACCAGAAACUGAUUUUUAGGCGUAUCUUCCAUGACAAGGUGGUGAUUUUAUGAAAUUUCAAACCAUUUGAAAAAAAUCAAUAUCUGAAAUGGGGGCGAAAAACCCGCAAAGAGCUCUUAUCAGCGAAUAAUAAAAAAUAGGAUUUUUAAAAUUUUGAUUUUUUUGAUAUUGAGUUUUAAAUACGUUUUUUUCUUUUUUUCAUGUGCAGAAAAACACUAGGAAAAUUUGCAGAAUCGCACAGAAGGACCUCAUUUUGCUGUACUGGUUGAUGUCGAUCCGUACAAGGAACCGAAGGACAUUUUGGUGGGUUUUGAUUUGUUUUCUGACUUUUUCUGGGACCCCGGGGCCGCACUUGGAAUGGCUGACGGCGUCGUUGCGGUCGCGCAGCGGGUAUUCCUAUCAAAAAAACUUUGAUAAUAGUCAUUUUUGAAGCUUUUUUUCUAAUUUCGGAAAUAAUUUCAUCGUAAUUGAAGCUAUCAGGGGCAUUUAUGCAGCUCCGAAAAUUUAAAAAAAUUAAUAAACACUCUUAGUUUUUUUUUGAACUUUUUUAAUUUAUCAAAAUUUCCGUUUUUUUUUUUUGAGAAGAAAGACAGUUCAAACGUCUGUAGAGUCAAAAAGAGAGGGAGACGGGCCGCGUAGCGUGUGCGUGCGCGGUUCUUGGCACAAGUCCAAUUCAAACGCCAACGACUAUUCAAAAAGCUCGGUUAGCGCUCUUUUUUCCUCUAUUCUACUUUUUUUUUGAUGCACAAUUGAAAAAACCAGUGAGCGAUUUAAAAAGAAAGAAAAAAGCAGUAGACGAACUCUUCAAAUAGUCGCUGGCGGUUGAAUGAACUUCCGCCUUCACAGGCGAAUCGAGAGGCUACCAUGAUGUGUCCACAAAGGUACUUCUCCAAAUGGAUCGUGAAGAUUUGUCCAUCGUGAGACCUCCGACAUACCUUUUAGAUAUAUCUGAGCCAUCUCGGAGGUACUUUAGAGUCUUUCUCAAGACCCUCUUAUUUUGCUCAAAAUCCUCAGAUCCUCAAGGUACCAUCGUGAUACCUAAGAGCCUGCGAUAAACCUCAGAGGGUCUCGCGAUACCCUUUCUCAAUUCGCCUAUGUUUCAAGUCCGGAAAAUUGGCUAUACAGAAUUUUUUUCUUUUGAACGAGGGAUGAUCAGUAAUCGUUUUUUCGAGUUUUCCUUUCCAAGCUAUAAUCCUAAUUUUUUUUUUUGCUGUUUUUAAAAGAUAAAUAAAGAAAAUUUUUUCAGUUAA